AGGAGUGCAACUGUGCAAGGCAGGCAUCAUUAUCAUAUUUGGGGGUGGCCAUGAACAGUGGGUAAAUUAUAAAGGCGGUCGGUCAGGAUGUCCCGGCGUCCCCUCCUCAACCUCAACCUCAAGCAUCUCUUCUCCUCCACCCGAUCCCGAUCGCUCACGUACGUGCCCGUGCCCCGCCCCGUUGAUGGCACUGCACGCCCCGUCACUCUCAUUCCCGGCGACGGAAUCGGUCCGCUUGUCACCGGCGCCGUUGAGCGAGUCAUGGACGCGAUGCACGCCCCAGUUUAUUUUGAAAAGUACGAGGUCCGCGGUGACAUGAAUACCGUGCCUCCCGAGGUCAUCGAAUCCAUCAGGAAGAACAAGGUUUGUCUCAAGGGCGGGCUCAGAACUCCCGUUGGCGGAGGCGUCAGCUCCCUCAAUGUCUUGUUGCGGAAGGAGCUUGAUCUCUACGCCUCCCUCGUCCAUUGUAUCAAUCUGCCGGGCCUCCCCACUCGCCACGACAAAGUCGAUAUUGUCGUGAUUCGUGAAAACACCGAGGGCGAGUACUCCGGCCUGGAGCACGAGGUUGUUCCUGGAGUCGUCGAAAGCCUUAAGGUUAUUACAAAGUUCUGCUCAGAAAGAAUUGCCAAGUAUGCCUUUGAGUAUGCUUAUCUCAACAACCGGAAGAAAGUGACCGCUGUGCACAAAGCAAAUAUAAUGAAACUUGCUGAUGGUCUAUUUUUAGAAUCUUGUCGUGAAGUUGCUAGCAAGUACCCCGGGAUCCAAUACAAUGAGAUGAUUGUAGAUAAUUGUUCCAUGCAACUUGUUUCCAAGCCAGAGCAAUUUGAUGUCAUGGUAACACCCAAUCUCUACGGGAAUCUGAUUGCAAACACUGCUGCUGGUAUUGCUGGGGGCACUGGUGUCAUGCCCGGAGGAAACGUGGGGUUUGAUUACGCCAUUUUUGAGCAAGGUGCUUCGGCAGGGAAUGUAGGGAAUGAGAAAAUAGUUGAGCAGAGGACGGCAAAUCCGGUGGCAUUGCUUCUUUCAUCAGCUAUGAUGCUUAGGCACCUGCAGUUUCCAUCAUUUGCUGAUCGUUUGGAUGCUGCAGUGAAGCGCGUGAUAGCGCAAGGUAAAUAUCAAGCCGGAGAUGUCGGUGGAGAUAGCACCACCGAAGAGGUUGUGGAUGCAGUCAUUGCAAAUAUCAAGUGAUCGGUCAUUCUUUUAGGGUAUUGAUAGAUGGACAGAUAGAUGCUUUAGCAUAUUCUUCUAAUGGUUUUGAUUUGGUCGUUCUUUUUCUUAGUAAGCAACGGCAAACAAUAAACCACAAGGCAAGCUUUGCGUUGUUCAUUUUGGAAGGGUCUUAGGAUAAGACAGAAUAGAGCAAUAUACUAAUAAAUAAGAACAAAUCAGAAUUGCUUUAGAAUCAACAGGGUGAUAGAUAGAUAGAUUGACGACAAUUUAUUACAUUCGUUUGUUUGUUUUAUUGUUUUGUAGUAUCGAACAUAUAUAUAUAUCCCUGUUAAG